UCUGGAUUAUGGGUUUCUGGAUAAGGGAUCCCCUGCCUGUAUUAUUGAUUCUUACAAUAUAUAGAUUAACGGAACUGAGCCAUUUUUCUUUCGCUGGAAACAGCAUAACAAUGUGGGGCUGAUCAUGCUCAAGGGAAACAUCAUACAUUUAAGCCUGUGCUGGGCUGACCUUGCCCCAAUCAGAAGGAAAGAUGCAAAUGAAGCGAGUGAGUCCUGUGACGCAGGCUGUACUGCUGCCUGGUUGUUAUAGUGAUAAGCCAGGGCCCUCUGCAUCCUUCUUGCUACUUAUAGGAUUUAAACAUCAACCUUCUGCUCCUCCAGGGACAAAACAGGAAAGGGAAAAAAAUCCCUUACAGGGAGAAUCAAAAUCCAUAGAGACGGGAAAGGCGCAUGUAUUCUUUUACUGGCCAUGCCAGUGCUCAGCAUUGAUGCUGAGUCAGAUACUGGUAUCCCAAAAUCCCCUUGUGAUGAGCUUCCCUUAGAAACCAUGGAGGAAUUAGAGCACACAUGUCCUCAUCCUUGGUCGACUAUAAUUGCACCUGCCCCAUUUGCUGAAGAAACAACUUAUGAGUGUAAGGCUCCACAUGAGAAAUUAACCAUCACUCAGGCCCGUAUAGGAACACCAGUUGAUCGACCUGUCAGGGUAUAUGCAGAUGGGAUAUUUGAUGUUUUCCACUCAGGUCAUGCAAGAGCCCUUAUGCAAGCCAAAAACCUGUUUCCUAACAGCUACCUGCUUGUUGGAGUUUGCAGUGAUGACCUGACCCAUAAAUACAAAGGCUUUACAGUGAUGAAUGAGACUGAGCGAUAUGAGGCUCUGCGUCACUGUCGUUAUGUGGAUGAGAUUAUCACAGAUGCUCCAUGGACCCUAACUCCAGAGUUCCUGGAAAAGCAUAAGAUAGAUUUUGUUGCACAUGAUGACAUCCCAUACUCUUCUGCAGGUUCAGAUGACGUGUACAAGCAUAUAAAGGAAGCAGGCAUGUUUGUGCCAACUCAAAGGACAGAAGGCAUCUCCACAUCUGACAUAAUCACUAGAAUUGUGCGUGAUUAUGAUGUUUAUGCAAGGCGCAACUUACAAAGAGGCUACACUGCCAAAGAGCUAAAUGUUAGCUUUAUAAAUGAUAAAAAAUACAGAUUUCAGAACCAAGUCGACAAAAUGAAAGAAAAAGUAAAAAAUGUGGAAGAAAAAUCAAAGGAAUUUGUUUAUAAAGUAGAGGAAAAGAGCCACGACCUUAUUCAGAAAUGGGAGGAGAAGUCACGAGAUUUUAUUGGAAAUUUCUUAGAGUUGUUUGGACCUGAUGGAACCUGGCAGAUGUUCCAGGAGCGCAGUGGGAGGAUGCUACAAACCCUGUCUCCAAGAGAGAGUCCCACUGGCAGUCCCAUACGAGAGCGCUCGCCGUCACGCUCUCCGUCUCCCACUCUGCCAUGGAUCCAUAACAAGUCAUCACCUACUUCUCCAAAAGGAGCUUCAGCCUCCAUUAGCAGCAUGAGUGAGGGAGAUGAGGAUGAAAAGUAAUUUAUAGGAACUUAUGAAACAGUUAGGUCUUUAGUUAGAGAAGGGUCCCAAAGUAUUCUUUUCACAGGACACAGGCUAUUGUAAGGAUUUCACAUAGAGAGAACCGAGGUGUCAAGAAGUACUUAAUAUGAUCUUUAAAAUUCAAAAUGUAAAGGUCCGCUCUCAGUGACAUGCAUUUGUGCCAGAGACAGGGUCACCCAUAAGGGAAGGACCAGUAGCAGCUUAAAUUAAUGUGACAUUGGGGAAAUGAUAGGACCCUUCAGUCCCAAGAGUUUACACUUGAAAGAGAUCAUGAUAUCCAGGCAGAGAAGAGUAGCUAUUCUGGAAGGUUAGCGUAUAGAUAUUACAGUAGAUGCAUGCCGUGCCUAUGAGCACAGUAAACCAACAAAAAACAUGUUUUAUUAUUUUAUACAAUGAGUUAUGGGAUAUUGCUAUAAAAUGAAAACUCAAUCUGCUCGUAAAAUACCAAGAAGGCUGUUUCAUUCCUAUGCAUUAACUAGCUAGCCUUUACUUUCAAAAUAAUGUAGAAUAUUGUUUCACUUAUUUUUUUUUUUGCACUAAUUAAGUUCUAGCUGGGGAGCUCACUGGUGCUUGGAAAUUAUACUGGAAUGGAAUCCAACCAUGGUACAUAAAGGAAAAUAUUUCUAGCUUA